AUGCCUAUAUUGGGAAGUGAGAAAGGAGAUAGUGUUUUAGAGCAUGGUAUAGAAGAAACUGCAGAAAAAGCUCCAGCUCCAGAACAUGAAGACGUAGAAAAAAGCUGCGUAUACAGUUAUGGUAAAGACUUACCGCGAGAUGAAUGUGAGAAUGUGAAUGAAGGAUAA